AAAAUGGACCACGUCGCAUUGCUCAAGCAAUUCGUUGGCAUGUGCCAAGCGAACCCGGCGGUUUUGCACGCCCCGGAAUUUGGAUUUUUUAAGGAUUACCUUGUUUCCCUUGGAGCCACUCUUCCCCCAAAACCAGCUGACAAGCCAGAAGGAAAGUGCCCGAUGUCUGAGGAGCCAAAGAAGGAAACUCCAGCCGCCGAGGCAACUCCAGAGCCAGAAAUCCCGAAGCCGGAGGAGAUUCCAUUCCCGAAAAUUGACAACGAGGGAGUCAUCGAGCCAGAAGAGGCGGUGGCUUUGCCAAUGGGAGACUCUGCCAAAGAAGCCACCGAGGAUGAGAUCGAAAAGGCCUCCGAGGAGAGAGGAAAAGCCCAAGAGGCGUUUUCCAACGGCGAUUUCGACACAGCCCUCACUCACUUCACCGCCGCAAUUGAGGCUAAUCCAGGAUCUGCAAUGCUUCACGCCAAGAGAGCCAACGUCCUUCUUAAGCUCAAACGUCCGGUCGCAGCGAUUGCUGAUUGUGACAAAGCGAUCUCUAUCAACCCAGACUCGGCACAAGGCUACAAAUUCCGCGGUCGUGCCAAUCGUCUUCUCGGCAAGUGGGUCGAGGCAAAGACCGACCUCGCCACAGCUUGCAAACUGGAUUACGAUGAAGCCGCCAACGAGUGGCUCAAGGAGGUCGAGCCGAAUGCUCACAAGAUCCAGGAGUACAAUCGGGCAGUCGAACGUCAGAAGGCCGAUAUCGAGCUCGCGGAGCGUAGAGAGCGGGUUCGUCGUGCUCAGGAGGCUAAUAAGAAGGCCGCCGAGGAGGAAGCCAAGCGUCAAGCCGAACAAGGAGAUGAUUUCGAUUUCGAAGGAGGAUUCCCCGGUGGAAUGCCCGGAGGUUUCCCUGGAGCCGGUGGAAUGCCUGGAGGAUUUCCUGGAGCACCAGGCGGCGGAGCCCCAGGAGGAAUGGGCGCUGGAAUCGAACAACUGUUCAGUGAUCCGGAGAUCGCCGCUGCCAUUCAGGAUCCGGAAGUGCUGCCAGCGUUGAUGGAUAUCAUGCAGAACCCGGCGAACAUGAUGAAGUAUAUCAAUAAUCCGAAAGUUGCCAAGCUCAUCAGCAAAUUGCAGUCCAAGGGAGCUGGAAUGCCAGGAAUGUUCGGAGGAGCUCCACCAAGUGCCGGUGGCGGAUGCGAAGACGCUGAUUGCGGAGGACCAUGCCCAGGAGCCCGCGGGGGAGCUUCUGUCCCACAACAGCCACCACGUAGAGCCCCGGAGCCAGAUCUUGACUAAAUGAUUGCUCGAUGAUUUUUCACUCAAUUUUGUAAAAUCCCAUCCCCAAACCUAUAUAUUAUUUGUUUUGUCUCUUUUGAUUGCAGAAAUACCCUCCAAUUUAUUGUAUCACGUAUCAGUUCCAACUCCGGAAACCCGAAAAUAAAUAAUGUAAAUUUAGAAGAA